AUGGUGGCAUCCUCCACCUUCUCAGGCGGAGGAGGAGGAGGCGGAGGAGGAGCAAUUGGCAACAGCAACGCCUUGGAAGAUUACAUUUCCACUUUCGUCACGUACAAAUACGUGCGUCUCCGUAACCCGCACUGGUUGGGAUACUCGCACUUCGUCUUACGAAUCGUUCUGUUGAUCGGGUACGUGUUCUUUUACGAAAUCUUAUUCAAGAGUUCGCACUUGAAAUACGAAAGGCCGAUUCAUCAACCGAUUCCUUUGUGGUUGCAACGUCCAGACGUGUUAGACGUGAAUUUGAUGUCCUAUUGUUUCGACGGAGGCCCGCCGUGCAGAGAGUGGAACAUCGUGGACGACGAACAUAACAACGGGAAACCGGUGAGAAAAGAAUCGCUGUUUAUCACGACGCAGUGGGUGGAAUCUCAUCAAGAGAGACGGACGAAAAAUUGCGCGAAACGGAAAGGAUUCACCGGAGAGUUGGAAGAAAAUUUAUCAACCAAUACGAACAACGACGACGAGAGAAAUAGAAGAGAGAACAAUAACAACAACAACAAUAAUAGCAGCAGCAGUUCGACGACGAAUCUGAUCAUGAAAGACUUUCACACGAGCGGGAACUUGGGCCGAGGUGGUCGCCUCGCGAGAGGAGACCAUCAACUGCAACCCGAGUGCGGGUCGUGGGAGGAAGUGGAGAGAGAAAUAUUCAGAGUCUCCGGGGCGGAACAGUUUGCGAUCCACGUGAAACCGGAAUACGUGGCCACGUCUUGGUCGGUACACGCUGGAUUUCUUCAAGUGACUUUACCGAAUAAGAAGAUUUUUCGACCAAACUUUCUCUCGGAGACGCCGAAAGACGUGGUGAUUAAAGUUGGAGACAUCGUGAAAAACGUGGAGUUGUAUCCGAACGAGUUGAAAAAGAAAGAGUUGUCGGUGAUUGUCAAAGGUUUACAGGAGAAAGGGUUGGAAUACUUAUUAGAAGCGGACGAAUUGUACGAAUACGACGGGAAAACGCAAACGUUGAGGCAAAACGGUUUGACUUUAGCUUUGGAGUUGACGUAUUCAAAUACGUCGCCAUUUGAUGUUUUUAAGGCUUUGGCGGGGCAAGGCUCUGAGAACUUUCCGUGGCACUGCCAAAUGGACGUGCGUUUAGUCGGGUACACGGAAGUCAGAGCGCAAGAGUACGUCUUCAAAAAUUGGCCGGCGGAAAGAAUCAACCUACAAAGAGCUGGUAUUCAUUUGAUUGUGUACCAAAAAGGUAAGUUGGGGAGGUUUGAUUUAGGAGCAUUGGUGUUGGUAUUCAUCACUGGGGGUGGUUUGAUGACUGCGGCGAGAAUGUUCAUCGAACUCAUGUCCACGACGUUUGGUCCAGAGGCGGCGAGACAUCGCCGAGCGCUCACAGACGACGUCGAUUUAGCGCACUUAGAUUAA